GGUGGCUAAAGCGACGUGUCCUUGUCCCCCGUGGGCAGCCUCUGCGCGUACGGCCUCGGAUCCCCAGUCGGAAGGGCCUCUCCCAGCCACCACCUCCUGGGAAAAACAGCCUAGAGCUAUGAAGACCAAGAACAGGCCCCCUCGGCGCCGGACACCCAUGCAGGACACAGAAGCCACCCCGGGAGAGCAGACGCCUGACAGACCCCAGUCAGGCUCAGGGGUAUCAGAGGUGACCAAGGGUCUUCGGAGCAGGACAGCCCGUGCGAGCGGAACUCGGGCAGAGGUCAGCCGCCGGCGACAGGGGUCCAGCAGCCGCAGGGAGAACAGCGUUCAGAGGCGGCUGGAGAGCAAUGAGCGAGAAAGACAACGGAUGCACAAACUGAACAAUGCUUUCCAGGCGCUGCGGGAGGUCAUCCCGCAUGUGCGGGCCGACAAGAAGCUCUCCAAGAUCGAGACCCUCACACUGGCCAAGAACUAUAUCAAGUCGCUGACAGCCACCAUACUUACUAUGUCCAGCAGCCGCCUCCCGGGGCUGGAGGCGCCAGGUCCUGCACCAGGCCCUAAACUGUACCAGCACUACCAUCACCAGCAGCAGCAACAGCAGCAGCAGCAGCAGGUGGCUGGGGCCGUGCUCGGUGUCACCGAGGACCAGCCUCAAGGCCACCUGCAACGAUACUCUACACAGAUCCACAGCUUCAGAGAGGGGAGCUAGCACGUGCUUCAGGCUUCCGGGGUGCCUUGGCAGUGCUGACCCAGCCUGCUCAUCUCAGCUGUGGUCCCUCUAGGCCACAAGCCCCAGACUGGUAAUGACACUACUGAGGUCGUUGAGGGGAUUUUGUUGUUGAUGAGAGCUCUUGCGAGGCCCCAGCCGGCUUUGAACUCCUAAUCCUCCUCACCUCCAUCUUCUCUAGGGCUGGGACUACAUCAUUAUAUGGUGCCACGCUGGGGACUAAACUAAGGGCUGUCUGUGGGCUAAGCAGGCACCCUACCAACUGAGCUGCGUUCCCAGCCCAAGGCUGACUUCGGUGACUCCAUUUUCCUUCAAAGUCAGCUCAGACACGAACAUGUGGCAGUUUUUUCCUAGCCACCCAAAGGACAAGGGAGUGAUCUGGGCCUUCGAGGUAUAUCGAGGCCCAGAGCUCCAGAGAAAGCCUACCUGUCCUUACUGCCUUUUGACAAAGGGUGGGCAGGGUGGGAGAGUUCUUGCCUUCCUUACGAUUCAUGUGUGGCGGCUGAGGGAUGAUUCCAGGGAAAACCUUACUUACAAAUGUCCCUGCUACUGCUGAGCCUAAGGUCCGUCCCAUAUUGUGGGGCUACGGGAAAUUGGACCCAAAGUGCCACUCAAUCCCCUCAGGGAAUAUACGGCAAAGCCAAGAUGGUGUCUCAUUUUAUAGGAUUGCCCUGGGCCCAACUCAACAACUGAAGUCAGUCAGAAAGGGCUAGCCAAUCCCAUAGGACUUUAAGUGAAUAAGGUGUCUCUCUCUCUCUCUCUCUCUCUCUCUCUCUCCUCCCUCCCCUCCCUCCUCCUCCCCCCCCACCCCAAAAUGGAGGUCACAUGUGGAUGACUUCAUACAGUGCCUGGAGACUUCUGGAAAAGCUGCAGUGUCCUAGGCUGUGGCUGACCACGACCUCACCCUAAGAUCUGAGGCCCUGUGUGGAGAUCAGGCAGACCCUUGAGGCUCUGUACAAAGAGAGACUUUGCGCUGUGUCCCCUCUCCAUUGCAGGGGAACCCCCGUUCUUGGUAUUUCACGUUCUUCCUGGUUGGCCCGAUGUAUGGCUGCCAUGCGUUUCCUCACGAGCCGCUUGGACGUAGCUCUUGGUACCUUUGGUGUUUUCUCUGAGGCAGAAGUUGGAGUGACAAGCAUGUCCCCUCCCCCGACCUGCUCAUAAAUAAGGAGGGCUGAGUGGUUGGCAGCCUGGCUGCCUCAAUUCCGUCCUCGGGCGUUCCUGCCCCGCUUUUUCUGACAGGCUUCACUACUUUGCUGUCAGUUGUCCUUGGCCUCUUCCUUCCUCCCUUGUCUCUCUGCCCAGAACUGACCUGGAGUUCCUUGGGGCUCAUACCUCCACCCCCACCUUUAGAGUGACAGGAGUCUCGCUAUGUAGCUCAGGCUGGCCCGAAACUGAUUUUUUGAACUUGUGCUUGGUCCAUCCUCCUGCUCCAGCCCCUCCCUCUGCCCCCAAGUGUUGUGAACGCAGGAUAGGGAGAGAGCCCUGGCACCCCAAGAGAUAGAUCAAGGCUAGAUUAGGCCUGGGCGUGUGGGUCCCCUCAUCCCAGUGAGACUUGAUCUGUAGCACUCUCCAGUCCUGGAGAGCUGGUCUGGACCCUUCACGGAUCACACGCAGGCCAGGUGGCGACUAAGGGCCUGUGUGUUCCUCAGGGACGGCUACUGGGAAAGGUCAAUAGUCAGGGAAUUCACCAGUGUGAGCAGAAGCCAGGCACAACUCCAAGUUGGAAAGGCAGAGCCCAGAUAUCUACCUUGCUAGGGAGGACCUGCCCAGUGGAACGCAGGGGCCUCUGCCGACAGACAGUGGCUGGCUUCCACGUGAGCCGAGGCCAGAGCUGGGCUCCUUUUGUCCGACCUUGCAGGAAGCACAGGGGAAGGAAGCUGUCCGCCCAAACUUCUGCCCUAAUGGCUAUGGCCCAGGGCUGUCCAGGUUCACUGUUUGGUAGGGCCACAACUUCGUGGCUCUUUGUCCCCCAUUAGCUGUCCAGUUCUUUAACUGGUGACACAGGACCUAGAUGUCCCUGGGCCAUAUCAAAGGGUCUUUAGGGACUCCAGUCCCACUAGGAGGCUAGGAGACAAGUCUGUGAUACCAGGAAGUCCUGUCGCUCUGUCUCCCUGUCCCAAGCCCAGGGUGAUCCUUUUUUGGAACUGGAGCAUAGGUUGACCUCUAACUUACUACGUGGGGGAGGACGAUGAACUCUGCCUUUAUCUGUUGUGCUGGGGCUGAUUAGAGGUAGGCACUUCCACAUCCAGUUUAGACAGGGCUGGGGCUUGAAGCCAGGGCUCGGAGCAUCCUCAGGGGUGUAGUUACUCUACACCCCUAGUGUGGUCUCUUCCGUCCUGCUGGGUAACGGGGCUGGGUUUAUUCAAGCCCCUGGGAAGGGCUGGGGCCGCCCCUCCCCCUGUGCACCUAGGAUUGAGGCCCGGUGUGGAGACCAGGCAGGGCCUUUACGAAGAAGACCCUGGAGAGACUUGUCCUAAGCCUCCCGAUCUCACCGACUUCACAUGGGCACAAGCAGAGAAACCUGAAGUGCGACCCGUCAGGGAAAAGCCAUGAUGAACAGCAGGGCCUGCGUCUUGCCUGUCACCGCGGUGGAGACGUUCCUUAAAUUCCCUGGUUUUUCUCCCCCUGGUCCCCUCAGAGCACUAAUGAAAUCGUCAGCCGUACCUUAAAGUGAAAAGAUUUCACGGCCACUGUGCUCUGGCCUGAGGAACAGGUGCCUGGAGCCCUGCGCCUUUUUAACAUAAAUGCCUAAUAAAAACCCGCCAGUCA